UGCUUCGCAUUCUCUCUGUCGUUUCGCUUGCUUCUAUUCGUUAGUGUGCACGCUUUUAAGUUUUGCUCUUUUUUUUGGAUAAAUCGCCCCAAACAAAUACAAAAACAUGGCAGACAAGACGGCCCAACAAAAGGAAGUCCAAUCCACCGCCGAGGAGGUCGACAAAUCCAAAACCGAGGAGACGACUCCUGCGGAAUCCGAAAAUGGCGACAAUGCGGAGAAUGGUGAACCAGCCGAGAAAGAAAAUGGCAAAGAGACGGAAGUCGAGGAAGAAGAAACCACUGCCGCUGCCACUGACGACACAGAUAAAGUUUGCUCAGUAAAGAGAAAAUCAACAGGUGGUGAUGCCACUAACGAAACUCCAGCCGAAGGCGCAACUCCCGAGAAGAAGGCCAAGCUUGGAGAGACAACUGAAGCGGAAUCAAAUGGUGAAGCUGAGGUUGCAGCUUAAACAAUAAACCACACAAAUAACGAAUUUAAUCAUAAGUUUCAUUUAGUUUUGUAUUUGUGUAAUGUUAGGGUUUGCAAAUCACGCUGGCCACCCUAACAUCGCACAUCGUGUACUACAUGACACCACUAUUUUAGAAAAUUGCAUUUAUUUUUUAGUUUUCGUUUUGGCACACCAUUUACUAACAUUCCCAUUCAAAUGGAAAGUUCAAUGUUGCUCUACUCUAAUGAUACAGUUUGUAGAUUGUGGGUGCCAAGUUAGGUGCAUUUGUGUACUUAAAAGUGUACUUUUUUACAUAAAUCAACGUUGCGAUACUUGCAUUUGAUGACAGUAUCACUGACCACAAUUCCUAUUUGCUGAAACUUUUUUUCAUUUUAGAUUAAAGAUUGAUGUUUUAUAGGUGACAAGGGUUUCACAAUAAAAGUCUUUGUCUAACACCAGAUUAUUUAGACACCCGAUCGUCAGUCACAGUGUUGUGAAAUGCAUGUGUCAGAUAGUUUCAGUAAGUAAGAGUAAUAACCGUUGUCCUGUGUUGUGAAUUUAAUGUAAGAUAUUACGGCACAUGUUGAGUGUCUUAGAAGAUUUAAGAAUUUUGUUAUUGUAAAAUGUGGUGAAUCUCUAGGAGCCAGCUCUGCCAUUACCUCACUAACACUGGUUUCUAAAUGUGUUCAUAUCAGACAUUACUAAUUUUAUACUGCUUUAAUUUUUGUACUAAAUUACUUGGAAAUAUUUAUACAUAUGUUGUGAAUUGAUGACUAACAGUAUUUUGUAAAGGGUUCUCCGGAUAGGAGUUUUACUGCUAUGGUACAAACUGUUUGUAUUUAAUUAGUGGUAUGGCAAUAAAGAGUUAGUUUCCGGUAAAAUAUCAA